AUGACCGUCACAACCAUAUCCUACGCUGCGUACGAGGCUGCUCAGUGGGAGGCGUUCCACUGGCGCGAGCAGAACCCAUCCCGCGCCACGCAGACAUACCCUCUUUACAGCCUCCUUCUACCAGGCGAACCAUGCUUUGUGGACAUCGAGUUCCAAAACUAUCUCGUCGACGGCAGAGGUCCUCAGAAGCACCGCGUCGGUCGCAUCGCCAUCCUUAACACCAGGGGUGAUGUCGUGCUCGAUGCCUACGCUGUGUACAACAACGAGGACAACGUUAAGAAGUGCUUCGGCCCUAUUUACUGGCAAGAGAUGUUUGGCGUCACCAAGAGAGAUCUGAUCGUGGGUAACGGCGCCAUCUGGGCUUCGAAUGUGGAGAGGUGGGCCGCGAAUAUAUUCAAAGAUCGCAUUGUCGUCAUGCAUGGGGGUAAGCACGACCGCUCCGCUUUCUAUCUGACGCCAAACUUCUUUGAUACCUCCACCAUUGUCGACACCCAGAAACUCUAUUAUUACGAGCAGAGUAACGGCACCCCAGGGCUGAAGACCCUCGCGGCUAGGAUCUUGGGCCGUGGGCAUCCAUACGAUCGUGCCGCCGCUCAGGCUAAGCUCGACGCUGAGAAGGCUACGGAUGCUCGCAAGGCGGCUCGUAGCCUCAAGAAGCCUACGGGCAGCCAGAAGAAGAAGGCUGCUAGAGCGAAGAAGAUGGCAGGGACGGCGCAGGCUACGAAGGCUUGA